AGAGUCAAGCAGCCAUGCCUUCAAGCCCCAAGUUCGAGCGCACCCUCAUCACCCAUUGACUUUACUCUUAUUUCGUCUGAAUCCCCAUCAUGUCAAAUACUUUUGGUGGUAACUUUAGUGGCAUGAAAAAUGGUGAUAACACAACGUUUGGAACCGCUACACACAAUCACGGCCCCGCAAGUAAUGUCGGUGGCGAUCAGAACAACAAUAACACAACCACCAACAACAACACCAACUCCCACAACAACUCGUCUAAGACACAGGUCAUGAACGGGGGUGGAACCCAGAAUGCUUGAAGCGUUCUAAGUUUGUGAGGCCCUAUGGAAACUGGAAUGUGAUUGACUCUAGUACUAAACUCCUAAAUGUAAAUCCUACCUAUAUCAGUGUUCUGUUCUGUCAGGAGUUUGUACUUGAUGAUAAAUUUUUGCGUCGCUGUACCGG